AUGUACGGCGACAGUGAUGAAUAUAGUCUCCGCUGGCAGGAGCGGUACGUUUCAAAAAAGAAACGAAUGCGAGGGCCGUUGAUGGCUGGCGGCAACUUGGUGAGGCAAGGCUCGCGGCCCGCCCCUCACCAUUCGGCACAAGACAUGGGGGCCUGUGUCAACGCUCUUCGGACCAUCGUCUUCAUCUUCAAUCUCCUUUUUUGGGUUUGUUAUGCGUUCUGUUAUCAAAUCACUUUCAAAAAUUCAAUCGGUUUUUUUGUUAACAUUCGAAAUAGUUUCAAAAGGCAGCCGCGUGGAUUCUAUCGAUCAGACGAUCUUUUUUUGGUUGUUUGGAGAAUCUCUGUUUAACUGCAUGAGAACACUUUGAUUUGAUGCGAAUCAAGCAUAAAUCACCGUUAUAUGCACAAUCUUAAAGUUUUGAGGAUGUGAUCUUUUUAAAUCCCUGCUAUUCUCGAAAAAUAGGUUCUCGGAAAAUAAUUUUUCCUUUUCCAAAAAAAACUGUGGUAAAAAUCAAUAUUGAAAAAUUUAAAAGCUCAACCGUAUUGAAAAAAAGAAAAAGCAUGAAAUAACCUUGUUCUUAAAGAAAAUGUCAAAUGAAAGCGUCAAUCUUUUUUUUUAUUUAAAAUGCCCUUCGUUGCUUUGUUUUAUUUUUGCCUUCUCUUCUUUUUUUACCCUGCAUCUGAUGUUUUGAACGGCUUGUACCAUUACCAAAUCGCAUCGCACGCUCCAAAGAGCACAAAUGACUGCCCCAAGGCCAAAUCCAAUUUGGCGCUGCUCAUCCUUAUCGCAGUCUUCCGCUGCCAUUUCAAAACAUAAAAUCCACGAGAAAGUGAAAAAAAAGUUUGUGUAUUUGUGUCUGCGUUUGUCAGGCAGGAAGCUCGACUGCCUCGAAACGACUUGAAGUCUUUAUCUCACGGCACGCGUGUGCCCUCGACGCCACAUGUUUCAUUAUUGCGCCGCAAAAGCGAUCUGCAACGAAAAACAUGCAGAAAUUGAUCGUCGUUCGAAAAAAUGCCGGAAUUGAUCGACGCUAAGUUUUCUGACUUUUUGCGGGUCAGCGGCUUUUAACAAACGAGAACGGCGCCAGAGUGCACAAAGAAAAAUCUGUAAACACUUUUCGGGCAUCUGCUUUUGUUUGGUGGUGAGGUGAAGUAGGUCAAAUUGCACAUUUUUUUUUGUUUAGGUAUUCCGUUUGAUGUGAGGAAAUUGAUCAAUGAGACAAAAUUUGGCAAAGAAAUUAGCUCACAGAAUUGGUUGUUCAAUUAGACAGAUUGCAAUUUUUGAAUGAUUCGCCGUUGAUAUUUCAGAUGUGUCCUUGAAAAUAAUUUUGAAAAGCUUUCUAAUGUUUUUUUCAAAAAAACAUUGAAAGUUUUAUUUUGAUUCAGCACAGGCACUUUUUCCAAAAAUCAAAAUGUUUCGCAUUUGUUUAGAAAAACUAAAAAUGAGGAGACUUCGGACAGGUUAAAAGUUGUUUUUUAACAAUCAGAACGACAAAAAAGUUGUAGUCAAUUUUCAAGAACAGAAGAAAAAACUGGAUUUUUUUUUGUGUGAAUGCAAGCCUUUUUGAGAAAGUAAAUCUGAUUUUUCUGUGAUUUCAAGAAAAGCGGAGACAGUAUUUGUCCCAUUCUGCCGCCAAUUUUUUCUCUCACACUUUUUUCCGCUGCGGAAUCUAAUAACUUUGCUCUUCAUUCUGCCCUUUUCCUAGCUCAAUCUCAUUAAUUCAAAAUUUUCUUAUGCUAAUUCCGCCAUGAACCAACGACGAAGCGAUUUUCACGAUAACGGCGAGGAGAGCCCAAGGGGAAACUUAGCAAAUGUCAACACAUUUGGCCAGUAGACAAAUUUCCUUUCUGUCGCUCAGCUCAUUUAUAAUUGAGCUGUUGUUUUGCUUUUAUGCCAUGUCAAAGAACGUGAAUGAGCAAACGCUUUCCCGAGCUUACUCAACUUUUUUUUUCACAGCUGCAAAAAAAAAACAUCUAGUGGAACUUUUUUUAUUUAAACAUUUUUUUUCUGGAGUGUUUGAUGAUUUAGGUUUCCGAUGUAACUAUCAACUAAGAUUUAAGGCCUCUUUCUCAAUUUUUUUCUGGUUUUUCUCACCUUCUCGGGCUCAAAAGCAAGACUCUGUUGACCACAUUAAGAACGAGGAUCAGGAUACGACGUGUGUCGUUCAGUGGCUGGGUAACGUCCACGCAGGGGGUCGUGUUACAAACAAACCAGGCCAAAAUCGGAUUUCCGCUAAUCUUCUUUGCAGUCGCACAACUUAUACACAUAAAAAUUAUAAAUAGCUGUUGGACUAUAUUUUGAAUAGCUUUCAGAAAAAACUUUCAGGUCACUGGUUUGAUCAUCCUCGGUUUGGGAUUAUGGCUCUUGUUGGAUCCAACCGCGUCUGACUUUUUCGCUCUGCAUUCUACACAUCCAGGUGACGAAGAAAUAGAAAAUAUAUAUAUGCCAGAGGAUAGUCAAUAGUUGAUUUUAUAAUACCUACCUACCUGGCAGCAUUCCAAAACUAAGUUUGGACGGAAGUAAAAGUUACUUUUUUUAUCAUCAGAUUUUACUCUAAAAGAUAAAAAAAGCAGAUAUCAAUUAUAAAAAGUGAACAUUCCUAAUAUUGGAACGUUUUCAGCUUCUUUUCCGGAUAGUGGGAUGGCUUCUCGUGGCCGCCGGAGCAAUCAUGACUUUCAUCGGUUGUUUUUGGAUGCUGUGGCGCCUGGAAACUCAACCAAUGCGCUCUUUUUGCAGUGAGCAUUUAAUAUUUCAGCAAUUAAUUCAAUCUUUCCAAUUAUUUAGUUAGGAAAAAUUUUUCUAUUUUCCGUACCUAUAAACAAACGCCUAUGUGUGAAACAGCUGUUGAUCCUUCGGCGAAAGUGUUGAGAAAUGCGUAAAUCAUGUGACAAAAUGUGUCGUAAGAGCGCGAUUCGGACAAGAAAAUACACCGCAAAAAGUGUUCCUGAUCAAAUUGCAAGAGCUUACAACGUCUCAAGCAGCUAUUUGUCAUUAUCAUUCAGCUUUUAUCGAAAAGAGAUGCUAACUUUUUCUGACAAAGAAGGUAGUUUCGUUUUGAAGUUGAGAUUUUCGUCACUCCUUGAUGUACAACAAAAAAACUGUGAAAGUCUAAAUCUUUUAUAAUUUUUCUAGUUUUUCGAAAACAAAUAACAUAAAGUCCAAAUUAUUCCUAAAAAGAUAUUUUAAGGUUUUCUUCAACUUCGGAAAUUAUUUUUCUCGGAAAAUAGGAAGUUAUGCCUAUUAAAAACUUUAAAGAUCUCCAUCUGGUCCAUCAAUGGAUUUUCAGUCAAUUUUCGGAAAUCCUCAACUGGAAAGGAAAAUGACCAUUCUGGAGGAAAAAGCUUUUUUUAGCUGCAAGCGUUGUAGGGUGUAUAAUCUUAUAUGUAUGUCACAGCGAAGACGUAAAUUAUCAUCUUUCAGUUCUUCCUGGUGCUAAUCUUGGUCUUCUUCCUCGAGCUUGCAGCUGCUGUCAUCGCCUACAAUAAACAGGAUAACAUCCGGUUUGUCAUGAAAUUUUACGAUCUUCGCAAGAUGUCGGACAUUUUUUUUCGAAAACAAAUUUUUUCAGGCAGUACAUUGAGAGCAGCAUGUACGACACUAUUCAAAACAGAUACGCGUCUGAUGUGAAUUACAAGACGGCUUUCGAUUCAAUUCAAAAUGAGGUUCAACUUUUUAUCAGACAAAAAAGGCAGUUGGAAAAAUGAAUUAAAGUUUUAAAAGUUUUUUUAAAAGUUAAUCCGCUUUUAAGCAAACGAACUUGUAUGUUUUGGACGGCUCUAACAUGUGAGGUCAUUUCUAAAUGUGAUUUGAGUUUUUUCAUAAAUUUGUCAAAAUAAUUUUUCCAAAAAUGUAGAACCAACCUAUAAAAAAACUUUUUUUCCGAAUUAUAAAAUAUAGUAUUUGAGCAAAACUCCGUGUCAAACGCGAUUUUGAAAGAUUAGAGUAUCGCACAGACGGCACUGCGAGAUAUUUGAUGUUUUAAUGUGGAUUUCAAAUUAUCAUUUACAUUUUUAAUCACUUGGCAUUGAACGUCUUCAUUGAAAUUGUAUCCUACUGAAUCAUUUUUUAUUAGUUAUCGAAAAAUAAUCUUCUGAAACUAUCAUCUCAACAGCAUCUCUUCCAGUUCCAAUGCUGUGGAGUGAAAUCUUACAAUGACUGGCUGAACGCGAGUUGGGACAAAAAAGGAGCCCAGUACUACGAAGACGGCCGCGUGGAGCAUGGUAUUGGAGCUGUCGGCGGUGGCCGUGGAAACGGCUUCGGUGAGACAAAAAACAUGGUUUGUGAAUAUUUUUUCGUUUUUGAAGGCCGCGUUCCCUCCUCCUGUUGUAAUGAACACGGAAAAUCAGUGUACCCGAGCAACUGCGGAGUCUCGUUCACUCAAGCGCCUUUGGUCACUUAUUCGCAGUUCGUCAACCAGCAGGUGAUUUGGAUGUUUCGCGGUCUACUCACAAAAAAACUUUUUGAUAGCUAAGUUAAAACGAGAAAAAAGUUGAACCAGAAAAUUCAACUUGAACUUUUAAAAAUAAAAACCGAGCCAAUUCUUCCAACUGAUAAUGACCAAAAAGAAAAAAUCAAAAAACGUAUAUGGCAGAUUAAUUUAUUUUGAGUUGGCCAAUUCUCUGAAAAUUGACCAAAAUAUCCCUUGAUCUACUAAAAAAAAUUCGAAAAGUUUCAACCUUCCCAAUUGUUCAGAAAAGAAGUACAUGAAGUCGUAAAAUGGCCUAUUUUCACGGAAUUUUUCGGUUUACUUUCUCUGAGACUCUUUUUUUGGAAAAAAUGAAAUUGCGCAGGAUAGAGAUGUCAGAGUCUGAAUUUGAUCUUGCAAAAAAAAACCGACGAAUUUCCAGGACAUUACUGACAGUAAAGUGCUUUUCUUGUGUAAAUAUAUUAAAAAUUCAAAGUGUUUUAGAAGUGUUCACAAUUUCAAUUUUUAAAAACAGAUGAUAGUUUUUUUUUAGGGAUGCGCCGAUGCUCUCUAUGAAUCCUGGUACAACUAUCUCGAUGUCAUCAUCGGCAUUUGCGUUUUCGUUGGAGCUAUUCAAGUAACGUUUUUCUUGCAUUUUCCUUUUUCAAGAUCUCAUUUAGCUGAUUGGAAUGGUCUUCUCGAUGAUUCUUUGCUGCUGUGUCAACGCCGAGAAGAAAAAGUACGACUAUUAA